AUGAAAAUCAAAAACCCGACUCUGAUCAGUCUUGGCAACGGGUUAGCUAAUUAUUUUGUUUUUUUUUUUCUUCAAAAUUUGUUAUGAUAAGGAAUGAAAGUUUUAUGAGAAAAUAAAUAGAAGAAGUUUAAAAUUUCCAUUCACAAUCCAUCUUUUUUCGAGCCUCACAAAGCUCUUAAUUUUGUCAACAUGUGGCUCUCGACCAUGUGUGCGCACUGUACGAUGCGGUAAACACGUGCCUUUCAUCAUAGUCUCUGUACCUUGGAAGCUCAAAUAGUCUCAGAGUUUCCUUGAUUUACCUCUAACAAAGACUUCCAAGUCUUUCUUUUUUAGUUUUCAUUUACCUUUCAACCUCCUGCUGAUUUUUCCAACAAAUUCCCAAGAUUUGACUUAGUUUUAAAAAUGAAAAAGCGAUGUCAACGGAAAUUUAAAAGCUAGUGACAAAGCAAAAGAAAACUUAUUUAAAGGUUACGUUAAAAAUGUUUUGCCUACUACAUUGGAACUUUUUUUUUAAAAAUGUUUUACAGAAAGUUCUACCAACGGACGGACGGUCCUUGCCUGGACGUCGGCGCCUUCGCUCAAGGGCUCAUUUUUGCCAGCGGCUGCAAACAAAUCAUCUUAGGAAAACCCAACGCCAACUAUUUUAAUAUUGCACUUGAAAUGAUGGGCCUCUCAGCUGAAGAGGUAAAUCAGAAAAAUCAGAAAAAGGCAAAAAAAAACUUUUGAGGUGGUCAUGAUUGGCGACGACAUCGUUUCGGAUGUCGGCGGCGCUCAACUUUGCGGGAUUCGCGGCAUUCAGGUCCGCACGGGAAAAUUCCGGUGAGCACUUCUGCGUUUUUUUUAAAUGUUCUCAGAGCUUUCGAAGUGGUUAGGACUAAAUUUAAAACUGCAGUAGAGAUCUUUAUCGGAAUGAGUUUUCAAAUCCAUCUUCCCUUAUCUCGACCUUGCGAACAAAAUUUUCUUCUUGUGGCAGCAUCUUCUUGCGCAAGUUGUGAAACAUUGUUGCGCAUAUGGUUCCGACCAUGGGAUUCGUGUGAAUCUUCGAAGCGGCAUUUUCUUUGAGUUUAGACAUUGUCCAAACAAUCGCGCACUGAGCUCAGCUGGCCAUCUUCCAAUUUAUUUUUGUAGUUCAAAAUAUCAAUGAAAGCUGGAAAAACUGAAUCAUACUCAGAAAAAAAUAUAAUAAAGAAGAAAAAAAUUGUCAUUUUUUUAAAAUAUAAACCUUUUUGGAGCGAUAUAAUUUUUUUGAACAAUAUUGUUUUUCAUUCAUCUCAAAUUGCCAAAUAGUCUACUUUGGAAAAGAUAUUUGAAAUAGUGAAAUACUUUUUCGGUUUGGAUGUCUCUAAUUCAAAAAAAAACUCUUUUUCGAAGAAAAUUACCAUUUUUUACAUUAAAACAAAAGUAAAAUACUUUUGAUUUGAUAGUUUCAUUAUUAGGAACUUCAUUGAUGUUUCAAAAAACUCAACGAAACAAUUAAUAAAAGUUUGUUUUCCACUUUUGAAUUUCUAUCCUUUUUUCCUGCUCAAAAGUCUAUUUCUACUCAGAAUGUCACUCCAGAAAAGAUUUGAAUCUCAAACCGUACACAAAUGUAAACAGAAAGCUACACACAAAGAGCACUGCGUAACUCUCCACUUGUUGUCCAGAUGUGUUUAGCUGAGGAAGGCAGGCAAAUCCCAAAACAUCUUUGCAACCUUUUGUUGAACUUUUUCUCACAAAAAGUCAAAACUUUCUUACGGUUCUGUAUUUUUUUGAGCCUAACCAAAUAAUUAGAUUUUUUUCAAAUUUUUUUGAUCAAAAAAACAGACUCUUUCAAGAACAAAAUUGAACGACUGUCAAACGUUUAUUUUUUUAAAAUGAAUUAAAUGGGAUCAUAAUUUAAGGAGGAAGAGGGGUUUGUUGUCUGCGAUUCACCAAAAUGGGUUGAAAAAAAUCUUUAAAAUAUCAAAAAAAUAUAAUUUCUAAAAAAAUUGCUAGUUAUUGAAAAAAAGAUAAGUGAUUAUCUGAGAAAGAAGAAACAGCCUUCCAAGAAGAUAGAUUUUUUUACAGUUUUUCACGUUUUUUUAUCAACUUCUAUUGAUUUCUUUGCAGUCCGGAAUGGGAGAACCACGCAGCUGUGAAGCCGGACUUGAUUGCCGACACCCUCUACCACGCCGUCAAGACCAUUGCCGACAACGGAUUCAAUCUCUGA